AUGGCUGUUUCCGGUUUAAAUAAUUCGUGCAGUCAAAUUAAAUAUUCGUCAGAUGUAAACAUACGUUCAAAUAUUAACUCAAUAGAAUUUAAAAUAAAUUGUUUAAUAAUACCACAAAUUACAGAUAAAUUACCAGCAUUUUCAUUUGAUAAAAAUAUUCUGGAUAUACCAAAAAAUUUAACGCUAGCGGAUCCAAACUUUAACGAAUCAAGUCAAGUGGAAAUGCUGGUGAGCGCCAGCUUAUUUUGGAAAUUAUUACGAAUUGGACAAAUAUCAUUAGGUCACAAUAAGCCAGUCCUACAAAAAACGUUUGGGUGGAUUAUCUCAGGCGAGAUUCCACAAACUAUUGCAAAUUACUUAACGCGUUGCAACUUCAUUUCAAAUUCGGAAAUUGACAACCAAUUGAAGAAAUUUUGGCAAAUUGAAGAAUAUGAAAAUGCUCCAGUUUCAUCUAAUGAUGUAGAAAUCGAAGCUCUAUUUAAAACAACAACACAACGUGCAGAAGAUGGACGUUUUAUUGUUAGAUUGCCGUUAAAACUCCCUAGUAAUCUAUUAGGCGAAUCAAAGAAUAUCGCGUUGAAACGUUUACAUUCUAUGGAAAAUAAAUUAAAGGGUAACGAUAAUUUGAAACAGCAGUAUGGUCAAUUCAUGAGUGAAUACAUUGAAUUAAAUCAUAUGUCAAAAUUGCAAAACAAACGUGAUGAAAACGAUGGCUAUUUUAUACCACAUCAUUUCGUAAAGAAAGAAUCAAGUGUAACUACUAAAUUACGAGUCGUGUUCGACGCAUCGUGCAAAACUGAUUCCGGGUAUUCAUUGAACGAUUUACAGUUUGUAGGGCCCACAAUUCAGCAAGAUUUAUUCUCGAUAAUCACUAGAUUUCGUACACAUGAAUUUGUUCUAGCAGGUGAUAUUACGAAAAUGUAUCGCCAAAUUUUAAUACAUCCUGAUGAUAGAAAAUUACAGAAAAUCUGGUGGCGUACAGAUACAACAAAAUCAAUCGAACAGUAUGAGCUGAACACAGUAACGUAUGGUACAGCGUCUGCGCCCUUUCUAGCCAUUCGGUGUCUUCACGAACUAGCUUAUCAUAUAGAACAUAUAGAAACUUACCCCAUUGCAAGCAAAAUCAUUUUAAAUGAUUUUUAUGUCGACGACCUUUUAACAGGUUCAGAUGACUUGGAGGAAUUACAUACUUUAUAUCACGAAAUAAGUUUAAUAUUGAAAUCAGGACAAUUCUCAUUGAAUAAAACAUGUUUAUGGAGUGAUUCCACGAUCACGCUCCAUUGGAUAAAGUCUAUACCAAGUACUUGGAAGGUAUUCGUUGCCAACCGGGUAGAAGAAAUUCAAAAUCUGACUAAUAAAACCGAUUGGAGGUAUAUAAAUACUUUGUCUAAUCCCGCGGAUAUAAUAUCCAGAGGCGUAUAUCCUGAAAAUUUAAAAAAUUUACAAUUAUGGUGGUCAGGUCCUGAGUGGCUACAAUUACCAGAAGAUAAGUGGCCUAUCGACAUAACAAAUGACAUAAAUUCAAAUUAUUCGCAAGAAAUCAAAGUAGAAUUGCAAAGUAAACCUGCAAGGGCUUUAGCAGCGAUCGACAGUUUGAAUCUAUUCAAUAAAUACUCCAAAUUGACUAAACUACAACGUGUAGUAGCAUACAUAUUGAGAUUUCGAAACAACACAUUAAAUAUGACGGAGCAUAAGGAGUACGGUCCUUUAACUUGUCAAGAAUUAGAAAAUUCGUUAAAAACAUUAAUUAAAAUCUCUCAAAUUCAAACGUUUUGUACUGAAAUAUCCGAUAUACGACAAACCAAUACAGUAAGUAAAGGAAGUAACUUGUUACAACUAAACCCAUUUUUAGACAGCGAGGGCAUCCUCAGAGUUGGCGGGAGAUUAACAAAAUCAAAUUUCAACUUUGAGAAAAAAUUUCCGAUAAUACUUUCUGGCAAACAUACUCUAUCAAAAUUAACCGUACAAUAUGAACAUAUCCGUUUAUUGCACGCGGGUCCACAACAAGUUUUAGCAUCUUUACGCGAACAAUAUUGGAUAAUAUCGGCGCGUAAUCUAAUAAAAAAAACUAUUCACAAUUGUGUCACGUGCUUCCGAGUAAAACCAAAGGCACUAAAUUAUUUAAUGGGUGAUUUACCAGAUAUUCGAGUAACUCCAAGCAGAUCGUUUUUAAACUGUGGCAUAGAUUAUUGCGGUCCAUUCAAAUUAAGAGAUCGGAAAAUUUAA